CACAUUAUGGAAGGAACUUCUCGAACACUUCCUUACACCAUAAGAUUCGUUGGUCUACUUGGCAGUCAUUCUCUUGGUAGAAAUCCAAAGUUUAUGGCUACUGCGGUAGAUUUAGGAAGGGAAUUGUUAAGACGAAAAAUUAAACUUGCCUAUGGAGGAGGUAGUGUUGGCCUUCAAGGAUCUGUUGCUUCAACAGUCUUUACCAAUGGUGGUCUCGUUAGAGGUUUCAUUCCUGGGUACAUAGCAACACGACGUGUCUACGGUGUAGAGCAUACAGUUUCCAGUAACUAUUACAAAUAUUUUGAGAUGAAUCAUGCCGUGGAAGCUUUCAUCAUUCUUCCCGGAGGAGUUAACACCAUGGAAGACGAUGUGGUGAGGCAGAACUUCAUUGCUUCCAGUCAGAGGAAACUUUUCAAUUCUGCUUUCUUUGUUAGUGAGCUUUUAGACAAGCUAGAGUUUGCUAAAGCUUUCCCGGGUCCUGGGGCUAGCUACGACGAGUUUGGCAAUUUGGUGAAUGAGAGUAGGGAUGUGGAUUUCAGUGGCCUCACCAUGGGUAAUGUCAUUCAGUUUCUUCCAAAUGUGCCAGAGGCUAUCAUUAUGAGUGAACUUCCACCACAGUUUCAUGCUGAACGCUUCUUCAAGGGCUUGGAAAUUUCUGGUGCCAAUCCCUCCUUCUUUGGAGAUGAUGUUGGUGCAGUGGGACUUUCUUGUGAAGCCAGUAUGGAUGGGGCUUCCCAGGUUGGACAGCGUUGUAGGGAAGGCUACAUCGAUGUUCUAGAUGUUUCUGGAAACCCAACCCUGGCUCAACAGCGAUGUCUAACAUCCAACAUCUCUGUUGGACGACUUAGCGCCAAACCAUGGUUUUCAGCUUCUCAUGCCAGACAGCGCUGUUGGUUACACCAACAUCGCUAUUGGGGUGGUUUAGCCAGACCCAUGGUUGGUUUAGUCAUUCCGUUAGCCGAUGACAAAAAUGAAGCCAUACGCCUACGGUGGAUAGGUGUACCGGUUACCCAACCUGGAUGGGGUGUGUCUGUGACCCAUGACGCAGAGGAUGACCGGGCCAACUCCCCGGGUAGUCAUGCUGAGGCCGGCUCUCCUCAUCCAGGCCGGGAUCAUUUUAGAAGAGAUUGGUCAAACACUUUUGGAGCCAAAGGACCAGGUUUCCCAACUCACCCUCCUCCUUGGAGGGUGACCGAGCUGGAGGAAGCUUUGGGGCAGGCCGAAGAAUCUGCCAGGGCCCAGGAGGAAGCCUUUCCUUCUAAAGCUGCCAACUGGGCCGCAUGCCAUCACUCGGAGAUUGCCCGGUCCAUUCUCACUACCCCGGAGGAAACCAUGGACUUCUUCAAAGUCAUGUAUCAGGAGCCGGAGGGGAAGAGAAUGAUUACUGACAUUGGAUCUUAUGGAUUCCAAUGUGGCCAAAAAGAAGAAAGGUCUCUCCUCUAUACCAGGCUUCGGAAUAGAGACCCUGCAUUUGAUCCGGCCGUCAUGAAGCUCCCGGCUUUAUACAAGGAAGAGCCAACCCCCCCUUUCGCUUUAGAGUAGGUUAGGGUAGUUUUUGAAGAAACAUUGAAUCUCCCA